GGCUUGCGUCAGUUUUAAAUCCAUCGCAUCUGCCCGCCUGUGAGCUAAAUAUAAGGUCAAAUAUAGGAACAUCGAUACAGUAGAUUCUCAGCUAACACUUUCUGAUAAUAUUGGAGAUUAUAUAUCGGUGGACUUGGAGAAAUUUGACUUUAAAGUAAAGGAGGGACAAAGGGCAAUCGGAGUCUACAAAGAUGAGAAAAGGGAUCUUAUCAGCCCCGGAGAAAGUAAUAAUAACAGGGGUUGGGAGUUCUUCGCUGGACAAAAAUACGAUUUUAACGGCUUUGUCAGAUCGAUUAACUUCUGGUCUUUCAACCACUGCAUAUAUACAAAUUAUCACUCCACCGCCCUGUAUUACACAGGCUUCCAAUGUUAGUGUGUCCGAUCCUCCAGCUGGCAAUAUAUACUCCACUCCAAACGGAACUGCAAAUGGAACAGGACAACGACCUACAUUAGGACGUCCUCCGGCGAAGCGGCGUUUGGAGCUGGAUGAGACUGACCGCCAGUCCCCCAGCGAAGGAGCCAAGACCCCCAAGGGCAAGGGCGGAGCCACUGCGCCCGGUGUCAGGAGCCCCAGAACUCCAAAGUCACCAUCGGAGAAGACGCGCUAUGACACGUCUUUGGGCCUUCUGACCAAGAAGUUCCUGCAGCUGCUGGGCCAGUCCUCGGAUGGGGUGGUGGACCUGAACCGGGCCGCUGAGAUUCUGAAGGUCCAGAAGAGGAGGCUCUACGACAUCACCAAUGUACUGGAGGGUGUGCAUCUCAUCAAGAAGAAAUCCAAAAACAACAUUCAGUGGAUGGGCUGUAACCUUUCAGAGGGCGGGGCAGAGCUGACACGGUGCCAGAGCCUGAGCCGCGAGGUGGCGGAGCUCGGCCGAGAGGAGAAGAAGCUGGACGAGCUGAUCCAGAGCUGCAGCCAUGACGUGCGGGAGAUGACGGAGGAUGCACGCAACCAGAAGUUCGCCUACAUCACGUACCAGGACAUCCGGCGCGUCCGCAGCCUGCGGGAUCAGACCGUGAUCGUCGUCAAAGCGCCCUCGGAAACCAAGCUGGAGGUGCCUGAUCCUCAGGAGAGUUUACAGGUCCACCUAACCAGCACCAAGGGGCCCAUAGACGUGUUCCUGUGUCCAGAUGAGAACACGCCCAGCAGUCUGAUGAAGGACAGGGCCCUGGAGGUGAAUGGAAACUCCUCGCCCUUCGUAAAAGUCUCAGAUGAGCCCGGCGUCAGUGGAAACAGGACCGUGGACCCCGACUGCGCAGUGACAGUCACCAACAUCUCGCCCAUCACCUCACCCUUCACCUGCCUGCUGCAGCAGACCGAGGACCAGAUCCCGUCUGUGACCGAGGGACCCUUCGUCAACCUGUCUCCUCCCCUCCUAAACGAGGACUAUCUCCUGAGCCUGGGGGAGGAGGAGGGCAUCAGCGACCUCUUUGACGCCUAUGAUUUGGACAGGCUCCCGCUGGAUGACCUCCUCUGCAACUGA